AUGUCUGCACAAUUUGCUCAGAGCAUCUCGCCUACACCUGCAGUUGAAGAACGCAAUGAAGACUCUAGUCCUCCCAUGGAAAUAGAAGAAGACGCAUCAGAAAACUAUGACGCGGCACUUUUGGGUGGUGAUAAUUCCUCUAAUUCCACUAAUUCCAUGAGCUUAAGUUCGGAAAUUCUUGGUUUGGGUGGUGAUAAUGCCUUGGCGACUGAUAAUUCCUCGAGCUUAAGUUCUUCGGGAAUUCUUGUUCCAAGCAAUGAAACUUCACCCUUAACACAAAGCCUUAAUUCAUCUCAAAUUUUGAUUACACUUAAUGAUGAUAAUGAUGCCGAUUCAUUAAACAGAGAUAAUUAUGAAGAUGGGUCUUUCGUAGAUGCAGAAGAAGAAAUUGGAAACGAAAGCGCUAGAUUGGAUGAAAAUACAGCAUCAGAAAAUUAUGAAGCUACAUUGGAAAGACCUGAAGAAGAACAAGAAUUAAGACCAGUAUCAGCGAAUAGUAUUCAGCGACAACCACCGCCAACAAAAGAAGAAUCGCCAAAAAUAGAACCAGAGAAAUCUCAACAAGCUAAAAGAGCACCGUCGUCAUCACCAUUACCAUCACCACAAGCGCCAAUAACAACAACAUCAAUAACGAGCCCAGCUGCAAAAUUAUCACGUUCACUCGAUGAUGAUAAAGAAAAUGAUCAUCAUGAUAAAAGAUCAAAUCAUAAACUCGCUGUUAUUCUAAAUACCACGUUUGAUAUUGCACUCGCUGGUCUUUUCGUCGGUUGGUUGGUUUCCAGACGAUCACACGUGGGAAAACAAAGUUUGGGAAUUGGGACUGUCGGACUGACGAUUGUUUAUGGGGCUCAAUG